AAUAACGAAUUGGUGUGGUGGAGUGUUUAAGCCAGAGUGAAAGGUGGAGGCCAAAUCCGAAAACUUUAUUGGCUGAAAAGAAAAUCUUAUAUCCCGAUUGACAUGGGUAUAUAGUUUAAGUAAACGAAAACAACAUAUUUCAUUCCUGUGGGAGAAAGUGAAAACACAAAGUCUGACAAUCCUAAAAGAUAUCGCCAUCUUAAUAUUUCCUAGUUUUAAGAAGAAAGCAAAAUUGCAUGUGACAAGUCUAAAAGAUAUAGCCUGCUGAUUAGUCCCUAGUUUUAAGCACCUUUCAAUAAAACAGGAUGGCAACUGAUUUGAUUACGCAGAAAAUUAUGCAAAUGAAUACUGACUAUGUUAGCGAAUUUUUAAAAAAGAAUCCAAAUAAAAUCACUGUACCUGACAAAUACGGUAACACACCCCUGCAUGUGGCCUGUAGUGUUGGGCACACAAGCCUGGUGAAGAAGAUGUUAAUGCUUACACCCGACAUUAAUGUGGCGGAUAAAGAUCGUAACACUCCUCUCCAUGUGGCCUGUCGGUGGGGACGCAUCGGUGUUAUUGAGCAUCUCCUGGUAACUAAACCUGAUGUCACUGCAGUGAAUAGUUACGGGAACACACCUCUACAUCUGGCCUGUAUCAAUGACCACAAAGACGCUGCUAAAAUACUACUACAGUCCAAUCCUAGAGUUCGUGUGGUGAAAAAUAAACGGAAAAGAACUUUAAAUUUGCUGAAUGGUGACGAAAGCAUAGACAUUGAUGAAAAACAAUUACAAUCCAAAUCUAAAGAUCCCGAGUUGAAAGAAAGUUGGAAAAUAUCUCGGAAUCUGUUCUACAGGGAUAAAAAUACUGGAGAUGAUGAAGAGCCAACAGAGCCUCAUGUCGACUUGGUGAAUAAAUACAAACACACACCUCUACAUUUGGCGUGUGUUAAUGGAAGUACAGGCCUAAUUAAACAGCUACUACUUUUUAAACCUGAUAUAAAUCUAGUGAAUAAUGAUGGUAACUCACCUUUGCAUCUGGCGUGUGGUCGAGGACACACAGACACGGUGAAGCAGCUACUGUUAUCUAAACCCAAUAUAAACCUAAUGAAUAAUGAAAGUAAUACAGCUCUACAUUUGGCCUGUGUUCGGGGACACACAGACAUGGUGAAGCAGUUACUGUUAUCUAAACCUAAUAUAAAUUUAGGGAAUAGUGAUGGUAACACGCCUCUACAUCUGGCCUGUGUUCGUGGACACACAGACAUGGUGAAGCAGCUCCUACUGCUUGAGCCUGAUGUAAAUGUACUGAAUAAUGAUGAUAACACACCGCUACACCUGGCUUGUCCUGAUGGACACACAGACAUACUGAAACAGCUAUUACUGUUUGAACUUGAUGUGAAUGUGGUGAAUAAAGAUGGUAACACACCGCUGCAUCUGGCCUGUGGUCAUGGACACACAAACAUGGCUAAGCUCCUACUGUUCUCUAAGUCUGAUGUUAAUGUGGAAGAUAAAGACGGCAACACGCCUCUACAUCUGGCUUGUCGUGGUGGACACACAGACAUGCUGAAACACCUACUACUGUUUGAUCCUGAUAUGAAUGUAGUGAAUAAAGAUGGUGACACGCCCCUACUUCUGCUCUGUGUUCACGGACAAAUAGACAUGGUAAAACAGUUUCUGCUGUUUAAACCAGAUGUAAAUGUAGCGAAUAAAAAUGGCAACACAACUCUACAUCUGGCUUGUGGUCAUGGACACACAGAUAUCAUGAAGCAGCUCCUACAAUCCAAAGCUACUGUCAAUGUGAAGAAUAACGAUGGUAACACACCACUUCUUCUAGCGUGCCGUGGGGGACAUAUAGACAUGGUGAAACAGCUAUUCUUGUUUGAAUCUGAUGUAAAUAUCGCGAAUAAAGAUGGUAACACACCGCCACAUCUUGCAUGUGAUCGUGGACACACGGAUAUCUUGAAGGAGCUCCUACUAAAUAAAGCUGCUGUCAAUAUGGCGAAUAAAGCUGGUAACACACCACUUCACUUGGCAUGUGUUCAUGGACUCACAGACAUGGUGAAGCAACUACUAACCUCUAAAGCUGAUGUAAGUGUUGUGGAUAAAGAAGGUAACACACCUUUACAUCUGGCCUGCCUUGGUGGACACAUAGACAUGGUGAAGCAGUUAAUGCUCUCUGAAUCUGAUGUAAGUGCAAGGGAUAAAGAUGGUAACACGCCCUUACAUCUAGCCUGUGCUCAGGGACACACGGACAUGGUGAAGCAGCUACUGCACUCUAACGCUGAUACAGAUGCGGUGAAUAAAGAUGGUAAGACACCGCUAUACCUGGCUAAUAGUAACGGAGACAUAGAUGUGGUGAAGCAGCUCCUGCUAUACAAACUGAAGUAAACGUGGCGAAUAAAGAUUGUGUCGCACAAAUAUAUAUAUCCGGCAUGAGUUGAGAAGGCACAGACGGUGUGAAAGUGCUCUUGUUGUCUAAAGCUGGAGUCAAUGUCGUGGAUAACAAUAUUACCACAUCUCUGCAUUUCCUAUUCUUCUGUAAUUCAGCAAUAAUCUAAAAUAU